GGGGUAUGCAAUAACACAAAUGAGAUGACUACAUGUUUCUUGAGGUUGGAGAUGGAGUAUUUGAGGUACUUUCCACAUCAGGGGACACUCAUCUAGGAGGAGAUGAUUUUGACAAGAGAAUAGUUGAUUGGCUUGCCCAAAACUUUAAAAGAGAUGAAGGAAUAGACCUUCUGAAAGACAAGCAAGCUCUACAACGUCUCACAGAGACUGCGGAGAAAGCAAAGAUGGAGCUGUCAUCUCUGACUCAGACCAGUAUUAGUUUACCUUUCAUUACCGCCACUGCGGAUGGCCCAAAACACAUUGACACCACCCUGACAAGGGUCAAAUUUGAAGAAUUAUGUUCAGAUUUGCUAGACAUGUUACAAGGACCAGUUGAAACUGCCUUGAAAGAUGCAAAUCUUUCCUUCAAAGAUUUAGAUGAAGUAAUCCUUGUUGGUGGUUCUACUCGCAUCCCAUCUAUUCAGGAGCUUGUGAAGAAGAUGACUGGAAAAGAGCCCAAUGUGACUGUAAGUCCUGAUGAAGUUGUUGCUCUUGGGGCUGCAGUUCAGGAUGGUUAGAGAAGCUGAAAAGUUUGGAAAUAGGAAGACAUGGAAAGAGGGAUGCCAUAGACACAAAGAACCAAGCUAACUCAAUUUUGUACCAAAUUGAGAAGGAACUUAAAGAGCAGGGAGACAAAAGUUCCUGACCCAAUCAAGGAGAAAGUAGAAGCUAAAGUGGAAGACCUCAAGGAUGCCAUCCCCGGUGGAUCAACCCAAGCCAUUAAAGAUGCAAUGGCUGACCUGAAUCAAGAAAUUACAUAACUGGAGCUGUCAACAUGACAUGACUUUGAAUUGGAUUCCUAUUAAAAGCCUAUUAACUUUUCUGGAUUGACUUCUUCAGUUCUUUGCAUGCACUGCAACAAUUGUCUAUCCUAAAUUUUAGGACUAUAGCUUUGUUGCUGUUGUAGUUGUAGUAUGACAAUAUCUCUUUUAUAUUGAGUAAUUUGGGUGUAUUGGGGUUUGGGUUUUGUGAGAA